AUCCUGACAACCUGUAACGUCUUCAUCCUUUUGGGUGUUUUGCAUUCGUUAUAGACGCCACUCUCUUUCGUCAUCUUAUAGUCAGUCGUUAUUGGCCCUCAUUACGUUUUGCCGUUGCGCGCCCGCCCGCCCCUUUUCCUUGUCCAUACUUGUACCCCAGUUCAGCCUCCAUUUGUUCUUGCUCUCCGGUCACGCGUGGAUUCCCCGUGAAAAGUAAUAUCGUCGAUUUCACCUUUUGGCCUCGUUUGUCGCUACGAUGCUUCGUCUCGCUACUCUUGCCGUUGCAGCUUUGACUGCUUCGGUAGUCUCUGCUGGCGCCAAAUGUGGUAGUGGCGCUCAGUGCCCAUCUUCCGCACCCUGCUGUUCUCAAUACGGCGAGUGUGGUACUGGCGCUUACUGCCUGGGCGGCUGCGACCCCGUCAACUCCUUCUCCUUGGACUCUUGCACUCCAGAGCCCAUCUGCCAGAGCAAGAACUUCAACUCCUUCGACAGCAUGGACGACCUGGCCAGCAACACAAAAUACCUUGGAAACUCUACCGAGUACGACUGGGUGUACAGUGGUACCCCAAUUGUCCACGAUGGAAACCUGGUCCUCACCAUGGGCAAUGGCAGUGUCGGUACAUUGGUAGCCUACAACCACUACAUCUGGUACGGAAAGGUCUCAGGAACCUUCAAGACUUCUCGUGAUGCCGGUGUUGUUACUGCUUUCAUCUUAUUGUCCGACGCGAAAGACGAGAUUGAUUAUGAAUUCAUUGGUGUGGACUUGCAGACUGCCCAGACCAACUACUACUUCCAGGGUAUUCCAGACUGGCACCACGGAGUUAAUGCUACAAUCGAUUCCAACUCUUUCGAGAACUUCCACACAUACGAGAUUGAUUGGACUCCGGACGCCGUGACCUGGUAUCUCGAUGGCAAGUCUGUUCGUGUGCUGAAGAGAGAAGAGACAUACAAUGAGACCACCCACCAGUACAUGUUCCCUCAGACCCCUGCUCGUCUCGAAUUGUCUCUCUGGCCUGGUGGUCUAGCAUCCAAUGCCCAGGGUGUCAUUGAGUGGGCUGGUGGUGAGAUUGACUGGAACAGUCAAGAUAUGCAGAAUCCUGGAUACUACUAUGCCAUCUUCAGCAACAUUAGCAUCACUUGCUACGACCCUCCUUCUUGGGCCCCUAGCGUCAAGGACGGCAAUGCCUACAUCUACAACAAUAUUGCGGCCACAAACAACACCGUCCAGAUUGUCAAGAACAACACUGUCUUGGCCAAUUUUGCCGACACUGGUCUCAAUAUGACCGCCAGCUUUUCUACCUCUACAGCCUCGGCAUCCCAAUCCAGCUCGACUAUCGCAGACAGUGUUCCUGGCCAAAAUGGCGGUGACGGAGCUCACUCAGGCGCCGGCUUCAACGGCACAUCGUCGUCGUCCUCAUCAUCGACAUCGGAAACGUCGUCUAGUGCGCCAACAUCCACUGGUUUCAGCCAAGGUGGAGGCUCCAACCCCAAGAGUGGCACAGUUUCUGUCAACGAAAACAUGCUCCAGAGUUCAAUCUUUGCUGUUCUCGUUGCAGUCGUCGCUUUGGUCGCUUUGUAAUUUAUCUAACACAUGGUUGAUGUAUAUUUAUCUAUACACGAGAAUUGUUUGUCGUGUUGUCUCCCAAUACCCGCCUUUCUGAACGCCAAAGCUUGACUUAUAUGGCAUAAUUUUCUGACCUUCUUUUACUCUUCGAUCUUCUUGACUUUCCCAUUUAUUGUCUACAAUGCCAUGCAUUUGUGAUACUGUAAAUAUUUCUAUGAUGAAUGUUAUUUGAUACUUCCAAUAAUUAUGCUUUGUUCUGCAAAGCGUUGGUCCCUCUACUGACAGUCUGGACACAAGUGGUUGGUUUGAUAAUAUGACGCAGGCGCUCACAAAUGUACUUUCUUUUUGGCUUUGAAUAAAAGAUACUGAGUCUCAACUUGGCAUGUGUGAGAUGGUUUAAUGAGAGGGCCGA